AUGGCCCAGUGGGGCCGCGCGCAGGUACCGGCGGGACCCCGCGGCACCGGCACCCCCGGACCCCCGCCGGGACCCCGGGCCCCGCCGCCCCUCACCGCCCUCUUCCCCCCGCGGCAGGACCCCGAGUGGGCGCCCGAGGCCUGGCAGGGCGCGGGCCCCGAUCCCGGCGCGGGCCCCGGCGGGGCGGCCCCGGCGGGGCUGUCGCUGCGGGCGGUGGCGGCGGCGGAGCGGCGGCUGGAGCGGAGCGUGGAGGCGGCGGAGCGGCGGCUGGAGCGGCUGGAGCGGCGCGUGGCGGGGCUGGAGCGCACGGUGCGGGCCGGCGGGGCCCGGCUGGCCGCGCUCCUGAGGGACAACUCCCGCCGCCUCCGCCGCAUCCAGCGCCAGCUCCGCCGCUGCCGCUGCGGGGGCAACCGCACCGGCACCGGCACCGGCACCGGCACCGGCACCGGCACCGCCCGGGAACGGACACAGGUGCCGGCGGCGGGCGAGGCUGAGGAGGCCGCUCUGCCGGAGCAGGAGCUGGGGAGCGUGGACAGCCGGGAGCUCCGUGGGAUCGCCAGGAAGGGGAAUUACGAGGCCACGGUCCCUCUCGGGUCCGAGGAUGCUGGUUCCAAACCUGCACUGCUGCCACCAGCCGAGGACAGGGAGGAUCCAGGGAGCCCCGGGCUGCCGGAGAAGGGAGCGGUGCCAGGACAGCUUGGUGACAGUGAGAUGAUCGUGAUCAAGACGGAAGAGCAGCAGCCGCAGGAGGACGGCGCUGAGCUCCUGGCACUGCCGAUGGUGCCCGCAGUCAGGCUGGACGAGGAGGUUCCCCUCAGCCAGGAGCAGCCGGUUUCCUGGGACAGCCACGGCGUGGCCGGGCCGAAGGCGGCCGGAGAGAGCUUGGGGGAAUUCUGCCUGGGGGAAUUCAAGCCGGUGGUGGUGCCGGUGGAGGCUCACCCUGCCCCGGGCCUGCCCUUCCCCACGGAGCACGCGCUGGGCGCCGGCACGGAGCAGCCGUUCGCGCUCGCCCAGGGAAUGCCGCCGGGAGAAGACCCGGCGGCCGAGGUGGCGUCGCCGCAGCCCAGCUGGGAGCAGCAGAGUCCCCAGGACGAUCCCCGGGCGCUGCCGCCGGGCUGGAAGAGCGUCCGGCUGACGCGGAACCUCCUGGCGCGGCAGCAGAGCCGGGCGAGGAAGAGCAACGGCUCCUUCAUCUGCACGUCCUGCGGGAAGAGCCUGGCCCACCACGCCGCGCUGCUGCGGCACCAGCGCCUGCACACGGGCGAGCGGCCCUUCCAGUGCCCGGCCUGCGGCAAGAGCUUCAACGAGAAGUCCAACCUCAACAAGCACUACCGGAUCCACACCGGGGAGCGGCCGUACCGCUGCCCCGCCUGCGGCAAGGGCUUCGUGCAGAAGCACCACCUGCAGAAGCACCAGCGCAUCCACGGGCCGCAGCUCCGCAGCGCGUGGCCGGGCCGGGCGGCGCGGGGCAGCGCCGCCGGGGAGCGGCUCUACCGCUGCAUCGAGUGCGCCGAGAGCUUCCCCCAGAAAGCGUCGCUGGAGGAGCACCAGCGCCGGCACACCCAGCAGCGGCCCUUCCAGUGCCACGGCUGCACCAAGAGCUUCCGGCACCGGCAGUCGCUGAACCACCACCAGAAGGUGCACGCCGUGGCCACCUGUCCGGCCGGCAGCUUGCCGGGACACGAGCCGGAGCUGGAGGCCUGCGAGGCUCUGAGCCAGGAUAAUCGGUAGCCAGAGGGCUGGGGAAGGGAAGGGACAGUGGUUUUUCAGCGUGGGACACACCGGGCAGCUGGGACUUGUGGCAGCACCCGGAGUUUGUGCACGAUGCUGUGGGAUUUGUGGCACCACCUGGGUCUCGGGAGGAGCAGCGGGAGGAGGAGGGAGCCUGCAGUGCUGCUCGGCAGGGAAGGGCACAGGGUGGGAUGGGACCGGCCCCGAGGCAGCAGAGGAGGGUCGGUGGCUGGAGCUGAGCCUGCGGUGCUGCUGCCCCGUGGAUUCAGCCGAGGAGCGGCUGUGUCAGAUCCCAGGUGGAACUCGGGUUGUUUGAACACCACCACUGUGCAGGGAGGGGGGCUGGGAGUGGUCAGUGGCCUCGGGGCAGUUGAUAGCCCCGGGAAAGCUGUGGGGGCUGGGUGGCCGGUCCAGCCGGGAGGAGAAUCAGAUAAAA